AUGAACAUUCGGAAGCACACCUGGCGCCACCCGAAUGGCGAAUCGUGCACACAAAUCGAUCACGUUUUGGUGGAUGGUCGACACUUCUCGGACGUGAUGGACGUCCGAUCGUACAGAGGACCGAACAUCGACUCUGAUCACUUCCUGGUAGCGUGCAAGAUCCGAGCUAGGCUGUCGAACGUGUUGACCCCGCGGACUGCGAGGAUAGCGCGGUUGAACGUCCAGCGCCUCGCGAGCAGCGACGUUGCUGCAGAGUACAGUCGGAAGCUCGACGAGCGGAUCAACGAGGACGCGCCUACGGGUAACACAACGGCUACCGAAGUGAUCGGCACGACCAGAGGACGCAAACCCAAAGGGUGGUUCGAUGCGGAGUGCCAGCGAGUGACGGACGAGAAGAACGAGGCCAGGAAACGUAUGCUGGUUAAGGGUACGCGCCGAAACUGUGAGCGAUACAGCGAGCUGCGAAGAGCUGAGAAACGAACCCACCGCCGAAAAGAACGGGAGUACGACGAGAAAGUACUUGCCGAAGCUCAAGCACAGUACAACGCGAACGAUAAGCAGAGGUUUUAUGCAACUGUCAACGGUGUAAGAAAGAAAGCGACGCCUUCCCCUGUUAUGUGCAACGACAGGGAAGGUAACCUGUUGACAGAUAAGACAGCGGUAGCGGCCAUGUGGAAAGAGCACUUUCAACAGCUGUUGAACGGUGAGAUGCGAGAGGGAGUCGUCGAGGACAGGAUGAACGUUGAGAAUGAUGGAAUAGCUGUGGACCCGCCUACGUUGGAGGACGUGGAAAAAGCCGUAAAGGAGCUCAAGAACGCGAAAUCUGCGGGAAAGGACGGACUUCCGGCCGAACUUUUCAAGCACGGGAGCGCGCGGAUGAUCGAGAUUCUGCACCAAAUCGUCCAGCGAAUUUGGUGCGAAGAACAGCUUCCGACCGACUGGUUAGACGGGCUCAUCACCCCAAUCUACAAGAAAGGGCAAAGACUCGAUUGUUCCAACUAUCGAGGCAUCACAAUCCUCAACUCAGCGUACAAAGUACUAUCCCGAAUCCUGUGGAGCAAGCUGAGACCGUUGACCGAGACCUUUGUCGGCGAAUACCAGUGCGGUUUUCGAGCGGGUCGGUCAACGACGGACCAGAUGUUCACUCUGCGACAAAUCCUCGACAAGUUCCGGGAGUACAACCUGCAAACACACCAUUUGUUCAUCGACUUCAAGGCGGCGUACGAUUCAGUCAAAAGAAACGAACGUUGGAAAAUUAUGCUAGAACACGGCUUUCCGGCGAAGCUAAUAAGACUGAUUCGUGCAACGCUCGACGGAGCAAAAUCAAGCGUACGAAUAGCUAAUGAGACAUCAGAAGCUUUCGUUACGUUGGAUGGAUUGAAGCAGGGCGAUGCUCUCUCGAACCUACUGUUCAUCAUAGCGUUGGAAGGUGCUGCUCGAAGGGCAGGCGUGCAAAGAAACGGAACACUCACCACUAAAUCGCACAUGCUGCUUGGAUACGCUGACGACAUCGACAUCAUUGGUAUCGACCGUCGUUCAGUGGAGGAGGCGUUCGUGCCUUUCAAGCGGGAAGCUGCGAAGAUCGGACUGACCAUCAACACUGCCAAGACCAAGUAUCUGGUUGCUGGCAGAGCGCGUGGCAGUGCAGGUGAUGGUGUUUCGGAGGUGGAAAUAGAUGGAGAAAGAUAUGAGGUGGUGGAUGAGUUUGUAUAUCUUGGUACACUUGUGACGUGCGACAACGAUGUGAGCUGCGAAGUGAAACGGCGGAUUAGUGCUGCAAACAGGGCCUUCUACGGUCUUCGUAGCCAGCUAAGGUCCCGCAGCCUAAGGACGCCUACGAAAAUCACGCUGUACAGGACCUUGAUACUCCCUGUAGCUCUUUACGGUCACGAGUCGUGGACGCUAAAGGAGGCUGACCAGAGAGCACUUGGGGUCUUCGAGCGGAGAAUCCUGCGUUCUAUCUUCGGCGGCAAGCAAGUAGGAGACCGGUGGAGCAGGCGCAUGAACUUCGAGCUGUACCAAGACUACAAACAUGCUGAUAUCGUAAAAGUCAUCAAGCACGACAGGCUAAAGUGGGCUGGACAUGUAGCCAGAAUGUCGGACGAGCGGGCGGCUAAAACGAUAUUCAGCAGCGAACCAGGACGGGGUCGUCGGCUUCGUGGAAGGCCUCGUACGCGUUGGCUGUGUGCAGUCGACGAAGAUGCAAGAGCGGCCAACAUUGUGGGCGACUGGAGACGAGCGGCCCAAGAUCGAGCAUCCUGGAAAUCUUCGAUUAGUUCAGCGUUGGGUCGAUAG